AUGGACAAAUUUACGUAUAAUUUGGAUUCACCACGUUGGGAUAUGCGAAGUAAUCAUAUAAAUAGACACAGUCAUAACUUUUAUGAAAUAGAUGGAGUCAACCCUAAUAAUGAAGAAUUACAAUCAUAUUUUAAUUUUCUAUCAAACUUAUCAGGAAAAUUAAUUAAUAAUAUUCGCGAGAACAUAAAAACUAAUUACGGUCUAGAGAAAUACGAAGCCAGUGUGAUUGACUCCAACUUCAAUUCUACGAAUUCAGAAUAUCAAAUUAUUUUAAAAGACUAUUUCAAGAAAAUGGUAAAGAACUCUAAAUAUAACGAUAGCACGAUAUUUUUAUUAGAUUUCACAGACCUCUCAAAUUUUCUUUUACAAUCCGUCGUGGAAAAUAACUUAUCAGAUCUAAAAGAAAAGGCCUCUUUAUCGGACAUUUGGUACAACCAACCUUUCAAAUUUACGGUUUUGAGACAGCAAAUGAAAAUAUUAAUGAAUGUAAUGGAAACCGAAAUUUGCAACAACCUAUCUAUUUGCAUUGGAAAUACUUUAUACAGUGAAUUUAUUGUUGAGUGCUUACGAAAUUUACUUGAUACUAAAGAAAAUAAUUUGAAAUCUUUCUUUUUGGCUGUGAGUGACAUCCUGUAUGAACACAUGCAUACUAUUAAAGGUAAUGAGGUUUUUCGAAAGAAAAUGGAGAUUCUUGCUCAAUUGGACUCUAUUUAUCAACGCGAUGCUGUGGACUUUAUGGAUGAAAUUUUAACUGGACAAGAUACUGAUAUUUUUCAAACCCAAUUUAUAGACUUAGUACAAGCAUUGAGGGCUCUCAUUAAGUUUAUUGAUGAAAAUUACGAUUUGAAUUAUGAAAAUGUUGACAAAUUGGAUGAUUUGUCUAAAAGUUUUUACGAUACGAAAAUCUAUUCCAAUUCAGAUAUUAAAACUUCACUAGAAGAACUGGUGAAUAACAUGGAAGUUAAUGUUAAGAUUUGGCCUCUUCAAGUUCAAAGCAAGUUAGAUUACUUAUGGACGCAAGUCACACAAAUAGCUGCUAGAAUAUAA